AAAGGCAAAAAAGCAUCAUUGCAUAAAUUCCUUGGUAUAUUUCACUCUUUCCCUCUGCUACGCCAGAGGGGAGGGAGAGAGAUGAAGGCUGCAAGCCCUAGCGAGGAUGGCGAUAAUGGAGAGAAGUUCACGGAUGGAGACGAUGAACGCGAAGAGCAUUCUGGAGCUGAAGCUGAAGCUUCGAAGCUGAAUAACUCAAGUGCUCGGUACUUCAGUCGUAACGCUUCCUCCAAGUAUGAUUUCGUCAAGGUGAAAGUGUGGUUGGGUGAGAAUGCCAAUCAUUACUAUGUUCUUUCGAGGUUUUUGCUCAGCAGAAUGUUAACUGUCACUAAGAUACCGAAUCAUGUGGCAAUUAAAAUUGCUCUUGAACUUAAAAAGCUUCUUGUGGAUAACAGCCUUCUUGAUGUGUCACAGUCAGAUUUGGAAGCAAACUUGUUCAAGCUUAUGGAGCGUCGAGGUUAUGGGGAAGAGUAUAUAAACCGCUACAAGAUGAUGACAAGAUUUCACCAUCAAAGAGUGCCUCUUGUUAUUCUGGUAUGUGGUACUGCAUGUGUUGGAAAGUCCACCAUUUCUUCCCUGCUUGCACAAAGGCUUAACUUGCCAAAUGUCUUGAAGACAGAAAUGGUGUAUGAAUUACUGCGGACAUCAACAGAUGCACCUUUGUCAUCUACUCCUGUAUGGGCACGAGAUUUCAACUCCUCUGAUGAACUAAUAACUGAAUUUUGCCGAGAAUGCAGAGUAGUUAGGAAAGGUUUGGCUGGUGAUUUAAACAAAGCAAUGAAAGAUGGAAAACCAAUAAUAAUUGAGGGAAUGCAUUUAGAUCCCAGUAUAUACCUGAUGGAUGAAGAGAACAAAUCACCGUCAGCUGCACCAUCAACUGAGGGGGGAGGGUCAAAGUCUGAUACAGUGGUUGACAAAAAUGAAAUUCAAAACCAUAGUAAUUCCUCUGCUGAAAUUGAUAGUUUGAGCAAUGACAAAGAUUGUGACUCUGAGAAUGUGAGUUUAGGAAAAAAGGAUUUUGCUGAUGAGUUAAAUAAGGCAACAGGUGCUCUGGAAUCUUUAUUAAAUGAAACUAAAGAUAAAGCAGUUAAGUAUUCAACAGCUGAUGAAAAGCCUGCUCUUAGAAGAGCAAAAUCUGGUGCUGAGCCAAUUAUUGUCCAUAUAGUUCUAAAGAUGGCUGAAUUUGAUCACGAGGCAAUGCUCGAGGAGUGGAUAUCAACUCGUACAAAUGGAGACAAAUAUCCAGUCCAGGACAAAGAUAAGCUAAGGAGCAACUUAAAAAUCAUUCAGGAUUACCUUUGUUCAUUUGAGUCACAGGGUUUGACAGUUGUUAACACAUCAGCUGCUGCAUUUCCCCAAGCACUGGAUUGGCUGCAUAAUUAUCUUUUGCAGCGCAUAGAAGAAGGGAUAUCAUCUGUUCCCAAUGGAAAUAGCGGGCAGGCUGCUUCAGACUAGAUUGCUUUGGACUGCACCUGUGAUCAUCGGAAGGUAUUUCCUCAAAGAUGUAUAACCAUAGUAUAUGAACUCCAAGGCUAUUAUUGGCUUUUUUGCAAGUGCUUGCAUUUUAUACCAUCUCAUAUGGAAGUGCCCGUUUGUAUAUACUUAGCAGUAUCGGAAAGAUAUGAAGAGAUUUUUGUACGAAAUCAGUAGGUUGCUGCUGGAUGUUCUUCGCAAGAUUGUAAUUUUGAAGUAUAUUGGUUGUGUAAUAUGCUGUCAUAGGAGUAGGGACAUCACCUCACCCAGAGAAUUUUUAAGCUAGAGUGCUAGACAACAUGUUAUCACUGGUUGACUCUGGGAUAUCUUCCUUCAUAUUCAACAUGCUUCAUAAAGGUUUUUUUUUUU